AAUUAACUUAGAAUUUAAUGGCUGCAACACAUGCCAAAGUAGUUGGGAAAGGGCAUGUUAACCACUGUGUUACAUCACCUUUUCUUUUAACAACACUCAAUAAACGUUGGGAACUGAGGAAAUUAAUUGUUGAAACUUUGAAAGUGGAAUCUUUUCCCAUUCUUGUUUUAUGUAGAGCUUCAGUCGUUCAACAGUCCGGGGUCUCCGCUGUCGUAUUUUACGCUUCAUAAUGCGCCACACAUUUUCGAUCAGAGACAGGUUUGGACUGCAGGCAGACCAGUCUAGUACCCGCACUCUUUUACUACAAAGCCACACUGUUGUAACACCUAGCUUGGCAUUUUCUUGCUGAAAUAAGCAGGGGCAUCCAUGAUAACGUUGCUUGGACAGCAACAUAUGUUGCUCCAAAACCUGUAUGUACCUUUCAGCAUUUAUGGUGCCUUCACAGAUAUGUAAGUUACCCAUGCCUUGGCCACUAAUACACCCCAUACCAUCACAGAUGCUGGCUUUGCAUCUUUGUGCCUAGAACAAUCCGGAUGGUUCUUUACCUCUUUGAUCCGGAGGACACAACGUCCAGAAUUUCCCCCCAAAAAUUUAAAUGUGGACUCGUCAAACCACAGAACACUUUUCCACUUUGCAUCAGUCCAUCUUAGAUGAGCUUAGGCCCAGCAAAGCUGGCGGCGUUUCUGGGUGUUGUUGAUAAAUGGCUUUCGCUUUGCAUGGUAGAGCUUUAACUUGCACUUACAGAUGUAGCGACAAACUGUAUUUAGUGACAGUGGUUUUCUGAGGUUUUCCUGAGCCCAGAUUGAUGUCGGUUUUUCAUACAGGGCCGUCUGAGGGAUCGAAGGUCAUGGUCAUUCAAUGUUGAUUUCCGGCCAUGCAGCUUAUGUGGAGUGAUUUCUCCAGAUUCUCUGAACCUUUUGAUGAUAUUAUGGACCGUAGAUGUUGAAAUCCCUAAAUUUCUUGCAAUUGCAUUUUGAGAAAGGUUGUUCUUAAACUGUUUGACUAUUUGCUCACGCCGUUGUGGACAAAGGGGUAUACCUCGCCCCAUCCUUUCUUGUGAAAGACUGAGCAUUUUUUGGGAAGCUGUUUUUAUACCCAAUCAUGGCACCCACCUGUCCCCAAUUAGCCUGCACACCUGUGGGAUGUCCAAAUAAGUGUUUGAUGAGCAUUCUUCAACUUUAUCAGUAUUCAUUGCCAUCUUUUCCAACUUCUUUGUCACGUGUUACUGGCAUCAAAUUCUAAAGUUUAUGAUUAUUUGCAAAAUAAAAAUGUUUAUCAGUUUGAACAUCAAAUAUGUUGUCUUUGUAGCAUAUUCAACUGAAUAUGGGUUGAAAAUGAUUUGCAAAUCAUUGUAUUCCGUUUAUAUUUACAUCUUACACAAUUUCCCAACUCAUAUGGAAACGGGGUUUGUAAGAAGUUCCGGCUGGAUAUCACUUCGACGCACGGCAAGGGCUGUGGAACCAGUUCUCUCGAGAGGGACUGGACUCUCUUCCACACUGGCGCUGUACGCAGUGAGAGGCGACGGGCUGGGGUGCAAAGCCUGCACGUUGGAGUUCAACCCGGUGGACGAGAGGGUAACUUCCCUGUGCCUUCGGUUGGGGGGACGGGUCCUGACUGUUGUUUGUGCUGACGCACCAAACAGCAGUUCAGAGUAGUAUAUAUCGAUAUACUCGAUAUAUCACGGGUUUGUCUCUGUGCGAUAUAGAAAAUGACCAUAUCGUGAUAUUCGAGUAUACAUUCUCACGCAGUUGCUUUUAGCUGCGGGAAUGACACUGCAUGCUCUCCUUGCUCUUUCCUGUCUCUCCUUCUCACAGGCAGUAAGCGCACCUUCUUACAUAGGUCACAUACUGUCACGUCAUACAUAACAUACGUAUACGCACUCGCGGAGCAGAGAGGUAGCAGCUUUGGUAACGUUAGCUGUAAUGCUAGCGAAGCCGUGCGAGUGGUAAUACGAAAAAAAGACGGUGCGAACGAAUGAAGGAAUAAUUAAUUCCUAAAAAAAACAGCAGGGGGUCCAUAGUCUGGCGAUGGUUUGGCUUCUAGUGGGAAUAUGUCGAACAGACAACCGUAAUAAGUCAAGCAUGCGGCACAAGCCUUGCUACAAAAAGUAGCAUUAUGGCUAAUAUGUAGCAUUUUUAAUUUUCCUGAAGGAACUCUACUUCAAGAUGGCGGGGCCCUGACGGGCUGCAACAUCGCGGAGCUCUUGCUAAAGAUGGAACAUUUGGCAGAAAUACCGGACAAUUCUGCAAACUUCAUGGCUGGCUCACAUCGUGGUCACUCUGUGAUCACUUACGACCGCCAGACACUUCUGAAUGUGGACAGAUCGGGCUGUUUUGGACUGAUAGACGCGUGCUUGCUAGACCUGCUAACUAGCACGGGAAUACUUCGGCGGAUACAUCUAGCGGCCUGUGAAGCAGCGGAGUAUAGUACCAGCUUGGGCCGCCUACGGAGGAGACGCCAGCGGUGUGAUCGGAAACGCGGAUGCCGAGCGGGGCUAAAAACAAAGCUAAAGGCUAAUCCCCACAGAACACCACUUCCCUCCAUCCUGAAGCCGGAUUUAAAUGGAAGAUGCGAGACUACUGGUCUGGGUGCGCUGACCAAGGUGAGAGAUUGUCCCACGCUGGGGGGCGAGCUCCACGACCGCUGCAACAUCAUCUCAUGCGCCACAUUGGCCGAGAUCCAGCAUUUCCACCGCACGCGGGUCAGAGAUUUCAGAGGGCAGAUGCAGCACCACCUACGACAGCAGAUCGGAUUCUUCCAAAAAAUCACUGCCAAGCUGGAGGAUGCGCUCCAGAGGUAUGACAGCGAGCAGUAAAAUGAGAGCGGUGGAAUAGACUGGAGAGCAGAUGGGGUGACGGAUGAGCUCAUCCUGCGGAAAUGGAGCAUCAUUGACCGCACGUAGAGACUUUUGACAUGGAUUAUAAUGGGAAAAACAUUAUUAAAUAAGGCAUGUACAUGUGGAGACAUUAGAACAAAUGUGAUUUUCUCAAUGCUCGCAGUGCAUUACACAACUCAGCAAGACUAGAAAUUAAUAUAAUGGGUGGGGCUCUAUGGAUGGGUUUCAGCCUUUACGUUGUAUUCAUUAAGCAUUCAUCAAUCUAAUGACUGAAUAAGUGUUCAUUCUACAUCUUGCUCACCAAUUGAUUGUUUGGAGAAUGACGCAAAAACUACAAAAAAAGUUUCAAAAUUGUUUCUAACUUUUGUUAAAAUUUCAACUUCUGCUCUGCUAAGAACUUGUGAAAAAACUGAACAUGGGGUUGACUCCAGCAGGAAGAACAGAAUGGAAAUGAUGGUUAUUUGUAUGUUGUGUUAAGAAGCAGCUCUACAACUUUAAUGAACAUCAUAGAUCUGAAUAAGAACCAUUUUAACAGAGUGUCUCAUCCAUUCGGUGUAAGUCAGGGGUGUCCAAACUUCUACCAGCCAAGACCGAAAACUGAAAAAUUAAAUAAUUAUUUUGUACAUUAAAGAUGCUAAAACCAAGCCAAUAUAUGUUAAGCGUAGCUGUGAAGGAAACAUUGAUAUCAUAGCGUUUGUGUUGUAGGUGGCGAGGUAAAUAGGUCUAAGUGAAUAUCUAAUAUUUAUUAUUGAUAAUUAAUUAAUGUCAUAUUCAGCAUAUGCCAAGGGACACUAACACUCCACUUUGGACACCCCUAGUGUAAGUUUUUCAUUGCAAUGUUUCAGUAAAAUAUUCCGUUUGUUCUAAAUAACUGAUAUUAUUAUUGAUGCUUCUCACUUUAGUUUUGUUGAAUAUUGUUAUUUUCACAAUGCUAUGAAUAAACCCAUUGAUGUUUUGUUUAAA